UGCGUAACACAAAUGCGGGUCAAGCUCGGUUGAACCGAUUAAAAAAGAAAAAUUGAAGAAAAUUGUUAUCAACAACGGGGCUAAAGUUGCGAAUGCCCCUCCAUCGUAUGUAAAUGCGACGCUCAGGGUUCGGAGAGAACUAAUAUCAUCACAAUAAAAGUUCUCAUAAGAUGGAGUCGACAGAAGCAGGACCGUCGCCUGAAACCCGACAGCUCCAGUUUGAGCAGGGCGUAGCUAUCUCGCUACACCUAUGGCUCUCCUUGACAGUCGCGGUGCAAAAUGGACUAGGCGGUUCCGACUCCGAGGACAAGCGCGACUGGUUCGCCGGUGCGGUCGUCGAAAUGUUCCCUAGCUUCGUCGACCUCGCUAAGCCGCGCAAGCCCAGUCAGAAACCCCCCACCGAACCCGACGCGGAGGAUGUUGAAGCCACCCUGCUGCAGGUAAUGUGGGACGAGUUUGAAACGAAUGUCGACGAUGACUCCGAGGUUGAGGUGGCAGAGCGCAUCGUCAAGGUCCGCACUCAAUGCGCCGCCGGAGAUUUCGAAUUCAUCGAGGAACUAAGGCGCAGAUGGCUAGCUACAAAGGGCAAAACAGUUAAGGUUCAGGAGGUGGAUGCAGGAGAUCAGGAGACCGACUGGGAGAGCGAGGACGACGAGGACGAUGAAGAUGACGAUGUUGAAAUGGAUGAAGCGCCUGCUCUAGUUGCAGCGCCCAAGGAGAAGCCGCCUCCGGAGGUAGACGAGGACGGGUUUACAAAAGUUACGCGAAAGAAGCGCUGAGCACGAUCAUACCAUAUCAAGUUUUGAACUGCAGACUCUAGGGGAGUAGGUUUGCAAGUAAUGGCACUGCAAGUUCGAGACGAAGUAUGCUUGAAAUGAUAUAAACAGAGCAGGCAAGGCGGACAAAUAUAUCAUGCGUUCGGGGCCAAUCCAAUAAAAAAACCAGCAACGCCUAUGAGAGCACCAAAUCCGAACAGCCCAUACCAAAGGGAGAGCGGCAAUAUGCCAAGGAUUAAGCAGUAGCAUUACUCCCAUUCAUCAUCAUCGCUGUCGUCGCUAUUAUCUGCUUUCCGGGCCUCCUUGGGACUGUUCGGGGCCUG